UUCUGCCGUAAAGGACCAUGGGUAAUACAUCUCCUUUCCCUUCUCGCCAUACGAGAGGAGGGACCAUCGUGCUUCAGCAAAUCUUCCCGAAUUUGGACCGAAUGUUGUGAAUUCUCGACGUGGGACGCCCCUGAUCGCCACUUUAGUGGACUAAAACAUCAUUCGUGCAAUCUUCGUGUCCGGUUGGAGUCGUCUCGUGCACGUUGAAGCUUCGCGGCCUAGCUUAGCUUAGCGUGCUAACAAAGAGACGCGUUUGUGAUCAAGCCUGAGAGCGGAAAGUGUUGUGAUCGUCGUGUGAAAAUGUGUGCAAGAAGGACAGCAGAGUCCGAGGAGGAACUUUGGGCCCCAAAAGAGGAGAAGGAGCCACAACGUCAACUACUGGACGCUGUGUUCAAUCUGCAGCCUCGAAUUGUGCUACACAGAGCAAACAUCACUGAAGAUCUUCAUACUGACCAGCAGGAGCCAGAGCCCCUUCACAUUAAAGAGGAAGUGGAGGACGAAGAACUCCACCACAUCAAAGAGGAAGAGGAGCCCAUUUCGAUUAAAAAAGAGGAGAAAAAACUGCGUCCCCACAUCAGACAGGAAGAGGAGGAGGUCACCAAGUUUCCAUCGACUGGUGUUCCUCUAAAGAGUGAAGACAAAGUUCAAAGUGAGGAGAGAAGGGGGGCGGAGCCUCCAAGCAGCAGCUCAAGGCAACUCAUGACAACAGAAGGUGAUGGAGAUCACUGUGGAAAAUCACAAGCAGACGGCAUCUUAGCGCCACUGUCAGACAGUGACGACAUGAAUUCACACUCGACUCACACUGAUGAUGGACAGUCUGAAGUUGAUAUGACAUUUCAGACUGACAACAAACAAUGGAAAUGUUCUCAGUGUGGGAAAACACUAGCUCAUAAGAGUACUUUGAAACAACACAUGAGAACACACACCGGUGAGAAACCUUUUGUCUGCUUACAUUGUGGCCAAAGAUUCUCUCAGAAGGAACACUUAAAAGGACACACAAGAACCCACACUGGUGAGAAACCUUUUUCCUGCACCGUUUGUGGUCAAAGAUUUUCUGUCAAGGGAAAAUUAAGAAUACACAUAAGAACCCACACUGGUGAGAAACCCUUUGUCUGCUUACAUUGUGGCCAAAGAUUCUCUCAGAAGGAACACUUAAAAGGACACACAAGAACCCACACUGGUGAGAAACCUUUUGGCUGCUCGGUUUGUGGUCAAAGAUUCACUCUGAAGGGACAUUUAAAAAUACACUCAAGAACCCACACUGGUGAGAAACCCUUUUCCUGCUCAGUUUGUGAUCAAAGGUUCUCUGAACAUGGAAGUUUAAAAACACACACAAGAACCCACACUGGUGAGAAACCUUUUUCCUGCUCAGUUUGUGGUCAACGAUUCACUCAGAAGGGAGGCUUAAACACACACACAAGAAUACACACUGGUGAGAAACCUUUUUCCUGCACCGUUUGUUGUCAAAGAUUUUCUGUUAAGGCAAACUUAAAAAUACACACAAGAACGCACACUGGUGAGAAAUCCUUUUCCUGAUCAGUUUGUGAUCAAAGGUUCUUUCAACAGGGAAGUUAAUAAAUACACACAAGAACGUACACUGGUGAGAAACCUUUUUCCUGCACCGUUUGUGGUCAAAGAUUUUCGGUGAAGGGAUACUUAAAAAUACACACAAGAACGCACGCUGGUGAGAAACCUUUUUCCAGCACAGUUUGUGGCCAAAUGUUCUCUUAUACAUAUCAGGCUAAGACACACAAGUGUGCGGGUGAGAAGAGCAGUGAUCAAGAAAGUUUUUAAUGAAAAUGUAAAUGUUUAAUCUAAAACUAAUUACCUGAUUGUAUUCUUCUUCUUGUCCAUAUAUUUUCUCAAAGACCCGCAAGUGUGAAGAAUUAACAUUGGUGCCAAAAUACUUUAAAGGGACUAGUUGAAAGUGAGAACAUGGGCACUUAUGCCAUCGUGCUGGACUCAAAAAAUGUCUACCGAAAAAAGCCCUCCAAAACACACUCAGUAGUCAUUUUAGUCAUUUACUGAUGAAAUAUUAAAUUUUCAGCUAGAUUCUGGCCUGCCCACAUUUUGGACAUGUCAGCCUGUUACAGCCUGACGCAUAAUGAGCAGGAACUGAUUGCAUUUCCUCAUUGAACUUCUGUUUUCCAGGGUGUAAUUUGUGGCCAUAUUUAAAGCAUGGGUCAAUAAUGAUAAUAAGACAUAAUAAGACAGUAAUAAGACAAUAAUGAGCAAAAAUAGUAAUAGUGAUUGUUUAAAAAAAUAAUAAUUUUAAUUUUUUUUUUUUUUUAUUUUAUUUUAUUUAUUUUUUUUAGAACUUUAUUUUUAAAUUCAGCUUUUAACGUGCGUCAGCUCAAUUUUGAAUUGAUUCCACCACAAAUGUAUAGUAUAUGUGUGUAUGUAUGUAUAGAUCAAAUGUAUGUAUGGAUCACAAAGGCGUUUCUGUAGGUGGCAUUGUGUGACAGACGUGGACUUUGGCUGUCUGUCAUAACGUUGGCUGACCCAUGACAAGGGUCUCCCUUCCGAACGCGUUACGUCGCUUUUAUUUAUUUUAUUUUAUCUGAUACAUAUCUAAAAUAUUGGGCUGAUUGUGGAAAUAUUUUCAGAGGUUUUAAGCUGCGAUGAGUAGAGAUGUCCACAUUAAUUUUGGUGAUGAUUGUUGACAGUUUUUGGGUAUUAUUGGGUUAGGUUAGAGACCCCUCGUUAGCCAUGUUUCUUGGGUUCAUGUAUGAGGCCUGCAAGGAUGUGGCAAUCACCCACCGUGUUUGUAUGAUUUUACUGAUGACACCCUAAUAAAUUUGCAAUUUUUCAGCACAUCAAAUUUGUGAUUGAACAGAAUCAGAAUCAUCUUUAUUUGCCAAGUAUGUCCAAAACACACAAGGAAUUUGUCUCCAGUAGUUGGAGCCGCUCUAGUACAACAGACAGUCAAUUUACAGAACACUUUGGAGACAUAAAGACAUUGACAAAAAACAAUUGUGCAAAAGGAUGCAGAGUCCUCUAGCACUUAGAGCAGUUCGAAUGACUAAUAUCGCAAUAGUCCGGUGCAAUGACCUUUGUGCAAAGGGCGCUGAGACUUCAAGGAGUGUAUGCGGUUUAAAGUGACGAGUAGUGCGAUAAUCUGGGACAAUGGUUGUGCAAAUGUUACAGAUACUCCUCAAUCAGUGUGCAAAUGGGGCAGAUGCUACUCUGGCAUGAGUGGCCAGUAUAUGCAAAUAGUGCAGCAUGGCGGGACAACUACAGUGAGUGCACGAGUAAUACAUAAUUGGCCCCACAGAAAUGUGACAACGAACUCAAGUCAAAAAAUUGCCAGCUUGUUGUAAUGGAAUUAUAGGUUAGCUGUUUAAGAAGUUGAUUGCAAGAGGGAAGAAGCUGUUGGAAUGUCGACUAGUUCUAGUUUGCAUUGAUCGGUAGCGCCUACCUGAGGGAAGGAGCUGGAAGAACUGGUGACCGGGGUGCGGAGGGUCCGAGAGGAUUUUGCACGCCCUUGUCUUAGUUCUGGCAGCGUGCAAGUCCUCAAUGGUGGGUAGGGGGGUACCGACAAUCCUUUCAGCAGUUUUGAUUAUCCGUUGCAGUCGGAGUUUGUCCUUUUUUGUAGCAGUACCAAACCAGACUGUGAUGGAAGAACACAGGACUGAUUCGAUGACCGCUGUGUCGAACUGUCUCAGCAGCUCCGGUGGCAGGCCGUGCUUUCUCAGAAGCCGCAGGAAGUACAUCCUCUGCUGGGCCUUUUUGAGGACGGAGUUGAUGUUGGUCGCCCACUUCAGGUCCUGAGAGAUUGUAAUUCCCAGGAACUUGAAGGUCUCGAUGGUUGACACAAGGCAGCUGGACAACGUGAGGGGGAGCUGUGGCGAAGGAUGCCUCCUGAAGUCCACGAUCAUCUCUACAGUCUUGAGCGUGUUCAGCUCCAGGCUGUGUCGGCCGCACCACAGCUCCAGCCGCUCCGCUUCCUGUCGAUAUGCAGACUCGUCACCGUCCUUGAUGAGGCCGAUGACAGUGGUGUCAUCUGCAAACUUCAGGAGUUUGACAGUCGGGUUCGCUGAGGUGCAGUCGUUUGUGUAGAGAGAGAAGAUCAGCGGAGAGAGGACACAACCUUGGGGCGCCCCAGUGCUGAUGCUGCGUGUGGAUGAGGUGGCCUCCCCCAGCCUGACCUGCUGAGUCCUGCCCGUCAGAAAGCUGUAAAUCCACUGGCAGAUGGCAGGUGAGACGCUGAGCUGGAGAAGCUUGGAUGAAAGGAGUUCAGGGAUGAUGGUGUUGAACGCUGAGCUGACGUCCACGAACAGGAUCCUCGCGUAGGUCCCUGCACUGUCGAGGUGUUCUAGGAUGAAGUGCAGUCCCAUGUCGACUGCAUCAUCCGCAGAUCUGUUCGCUUGGUAGGCAAACUGCAGGGGGUCCAGCAGGGGACCUGUGACACUCUUGAGGUGGUCCAGCACGAGACGUUCAAAGGACUUCAUGACCACAGAUGUCAAAGCGACAGGCCUGUAGUCAUUCAGACCCGAGAUUGCAGGUUUCUUGGGGACUGGAAUGAUGGUGGAGCGUUUGAAACAGGAUGGAACUUCGCACAUUUCCAGAGAUCUGUUGAAGAUCUGAGUGAAGACUGGAGCGAGCUGGUCCGCGCACACUUUGAGGCAGGAUGGGGACACGUGGUCCGGGCCUGCCGCUUUGUUAAUCUUUUGUUGUAUGAAGAUGCGUCUCACAUCCUGUUCAUGGAUGGUUAACACAGAGGUCCUGGGGUACUAGCUGUUGUUCAUAUGAUGCAAUAGUAUAUGACCGCAAUGUAAGAUAUAAUACCAGCUUGAACGAAGUGGUGUUUGGAAACUCAAGCAAGGUGUAUUUUUUUUUUUCCCUGAAAAAAGUGAGGGGAUUCCACCUGACGGCUACGAUGUAUAAAGUAUGACCAAUUACUGCCACUUAAUAGUAUAGGAUAUUCCUUUUCCCACACCAGCGAUGCCAGGUGAUUUUCGAUUUUGGCGAUGAAAGAGGGGCGUUCGAAAGGGAAUUCGUUAUUUACCAAUUACUCCAAAACGUUUUGAUGUUAUUGGAAAUGACUGCCAGUUUAAUUUUCUUGAGCAAAUAUACAUAAAACAAACAUGUACGUGAAAUGUGGACCAUGAAGACACAUACUUCCUUUGAGCAAUGCAUGCAUUUUCUCCAACGUUUUAGUGAUGCCAAUAUCAAAUAAGUGAAUGAUUGAUUCAAAUAAGACUGGAAAGAAACCUUUACUUUUGGUGGUAAAGUGUAUUUGUGAUCCUUAAUAAAAUACACUCCUUUAAACAGUGAGGGCUACUCAAUUUGAUUUGCUUGUACAUCAAAUCCUUUGCCAAAACCUUUUGCCUCCUCAGUUUGCGGUCCAAGAUUCUCUCGUAAGUAUCAGGCUAAAACACACAAGUGUGCAGUGAGAACAGCAGUGAUGAAGAAGCUUUCAAUGAAAGUCAAUGUUUAAUAUCAAAGGUUAUUACAAUCAUACUGAUCUACAAAAAUCUACAUUCUUGUCUUCUGUCUACCAUCUUUUAUUUUUUCAAUCUUUUCAUUUUCUUUGUAUCUUCGAAAAGCCUCCUGUGGACAAAUGUUGAGAAUUAUCACUGGUGCCAAAAUACGUUUCUCUAAUGUUUUAAAAUGAGCAAAUGAUUGAGAGAAAUCGAUCGUUAUUCGAUGUUUGACUUUUGGUGAAAAGGUUGAAAAGUGUAAAUGGGAUCCUUAAUAAAAUACAAUUCUUCAAACAUUGA